AAUAUGGAGGCAGCACAUGCGAUGGCCAUGGCCUGUACUUUUCCCACUUAGCAGUUUUUUUCUCUCUUCAGAUUUCGAGAACUGAAAGUGACAUUUGACCUUUCCUUUUCCCUUUCUCUUCUGCGUCCAUCUUCCAUCAGGUGUUUCUUGCACUCUUUUCUUACCCCUUCAGAUAUUCUCUGUUGCCAAUUUCAUUCGUGUCCCACUUGGGCUUUCCGCUUCUUGUCCAUUCGCUUCAGAGUCCUCGCUUCAGCCCGGUUCACCGGUCGCUUGCUGGCAUCAAGACUUGUCACGCUCCUUUCCUUGCAAGUCAGUCACGCCGGCGUUCAUCCUGUCAAAGGUUGUUGUUGCGGACACUCGCAAAGAACAACAAACGUGCGAAGUGACUCCUCUCCGCCCGUUUCACUGCAUGGCCACCGUCUCGAUUGUCCCUUGCAGCUGAUUAGCAGGGCAUCCGGCUAUCGGCUCUCCUGCAUCUCCCCGCCUGCCGCGAUAGGCCCGUCGCUACGUCGAUAGGCCUUCUCCGCCAUGAAGGGAAUUUUCAAGAGAAAAGAUUCAAAAUUACCAUCAGAUGAAUCCACACUCGACAAAGCCCUUUUGCGCCCUGCCGUAACAGUCGAACGCAUCUCCAACUACUCGCACAAGUCGCCCAAGCUGAUAAGCUCCAAAUCAUCCUCACCGUCAUUAGGAGGCACCAUGCCAGAAAUCCCCAUUCCUGAGCCCCCCGACCCAGUUUCGAAACCAGCAGCGUACCUUCGAAGUAUCCAUGCUGUUCGAGAAAGGACAAGGCUGGUUCUCGAGGAGGCCAAAGUCAAUGCUCUCAACCACUUUGACGUAGACAUAUCCAAGUUCAAGGACACCGCCGAUUACGUGGUUGCCAUCAUCAAGCGUGAUUUCCAGGGUGAUUACGCCUCUAUUCCACCUCAUGGUCGCUGGCAACACUUUGAAGUUGGAGGAAGACCCCGGGUAACUCAAUUGUUGCAAUCGUGGCCAACCUCGAUUGACAACCAGGAGAGAGCACGUCGGCUGAUUGACCUUUUCCUGGUAUCCGUACUCCUCGAUGCUGGCGCCGGUACCAAGUGGUCGUACAAGUCCAAAGAGUCUGGCAAGGUCUACUCCAGGAGCGAAGGUCUGGCCGUGGCAAGCCUGGAAAUGUUCAAAGCUGGAACUUUCAGCAGCGAUCCCAAUCAACCUCAUCAAGUUGACGCCGCUGGCCUGAAUAGAAUGAAUGUGGAGACUCUGGCAAAAGGGAUGCAAGUCUCGGACACCAACCCCAUGUCGGGACUUGAGGGUCGGACUGGGUUACUUAUUCGACUCGCCUCCGCUUUGCAGAACGCGGAGAUUUUUGGUGUUGAAGGCCGACCUGGGAACAUGAUCGACUAUCUUCUAUCACAUCCCACUACUCAAGCCGCUUCGGUUCCCGUCAUCCUCUUACCUACUCUCUGGAGCGUUCUCAUGGACGGCUUGUCAAGUAUUUGGCCAGCAACUCGGACCACCAUUCAAGGGAUGUCUCUCGGAGACGCCUGGCCUUGCGCCGCCAUGCCCAGAUCUCCCCCCGCACAACCUUGGGAGACCAUUGUUCCCUUCCACAAGCUCACUCAGUGGCUCUGCUAUUCCUUGAUGGUACCGAUGACCAAGCUACUCAACGUUCAUUUCGCGGGGGCUGAAUUGAUGACCGGUCUUCCCGAGUAUCGGAAUGGAGGCUUGUUGGUUGACACAGGUCUGCUUACGCUGAAAGAACAGGACCGGCAGCGUGGGUUGAAAAUCUACCAUGAAAUGGUCGGGGAUGGCAAUGCAAUCGAGGUCGUUCCAACGUUCCCACCCAGCGACGAUGUGAUUGUUGAGUGGCGCGCCGUCACUGUUGGCUUUUUGGACGAACUCCUUGUCGCAGUCAACGCAGGCCUUGGUCUGCAGGGCGCUCAACAGUUGACUUUGGCCCAGAUGCUUGAGGCAGGAACCUGGAAGGGAGGACGUGAAAUCGCACAGGUGUCCCGCCCCAUCACUGGAGGGCCGCCUAUUGGCAUCAUUUCAGACGGCACGGUCUUCUGAAUGACGACUUCUUCUAUGCUUAUGCGAUAAUGGGUUACGUUGAAUUUCGAGGGUCACGAAAGAGAGGUUCAAGACCGAGAACAGAGAUUACGAGAUGACAUAUGCGCUUGAUGAUGCCGUGGUAUGGCCUACUUGAUUGUGGCGAGCUUUUCCUUUACUUCAGAGCCGAUUUGACCUCGGCGCUAUUGAGCUUUGCAAAAGCUGGGUUGAUGGCCUUGAUACUUUCACGAGGCACCAACGGGGUAGAAAACGCCCCCGACUUGGGGCGUUACAUUCGAAUCAUGAUCGUUGGGGUGUUGACUUGCAACCCAUCCUUUGUACGGACUCCCGCCACUUGAGAAAGGAUACUCUUCAGCGCCUUCGUGAAUUUCUAUUGUCAUAAGAACGUUUUCAUUUAUCGCUCGAUAGUCACUUCACCCGUCAGUGAAAGUGAGUGGCGCCCUUUGUGCAAAG